GUUUCCCCACAGGAAGCGGAAGUACUUGACUGGUGUUCUAUUGUGACAGCGGCAGAGUGAAGAAAAACCAUAAAGCUACUCAUCUUUCAAGCUGUGAUAUCACGACGUAUUUAAUAAAAUACAUUUGUUUGCGCCAUGGAAUUGUGUGAGAUAUUAUAUAAUAAAGCUGAAUACAUCGAAACGGCGUCAGGUAAUAAGGUGAGCAGGCAGUCGGUACUGUGUGGAAGCCAGAAUAUCGUCCUUAAUGGCAAAACCAUUGUGAUGAACGACUGCAUCAUCCGAGGAGACCUUGCCAACGUGCGGGUGGGCAGGCAGUGUGUCAUCAAGAGCCGCAGUGUCAUCCGACCUCCUUUCAAAAAAUUCAGCAAAGGGGUGGCCUUCUUCCCUCUGCACAUUGGAGACCACGUGUUCAUCGAGGAGGACUGCGUGGUGAACGCUGCACAGAUCGGCUCCUAUGUCCACAUAGGCAAGAACUGUGUCAUUGGUCGACGGUGUGUCCUGAAGGACUGCUGUAAGAUUCUGGACAACACGGUGCUUCCUCCUGAGACAGUGGUGCCGCCUUUUACCGUGUUCUCUGGUUGUCCAGGCCUCUUCAUGGGAGAGCUGCCUGAGUGCACGCAGGAGCUCAUGAUUGACGUCACCAAAAGCUACUACCAGAAGUUUCUCCCGCUUAGCCAGAUCUGAGAGUCAUACCACCUGUGUUCUUUAUUCAGACCAAUCCAAGCUAAGUGCAACAUUUCAGCAUCACAUCUUGGCUAGCGGUCUAUCUACAGUUUCUCCUCUCUGUCCCUCCUAAGCACACAUACUUCAGAAGUCUCUGUUUGUCUCCACAAGAUUAAAAAAAAAAAAAAAAUGAGCAGAUUACAGAUUAUCACUGGCCCAAAUGUCAGUCUGAUUUCCUGAUUCUUAGUUUAACUUCUGGAAAUUGUCCAAGAUCAGCUUCUAAAAAAUAGCUAAUAUGGACUUUUAUUAUCCUGUUUUGGUCAUGUAUAUCCUUUUUUGUAAUUUAGUCGUAGCAGCAUCCACAAGUUGUAUUCUCGUACUGGAUGUUCUUCUGCAUUUCACAAAGAACGACAUUGUUUUCUAGGGCCUUCUGUCUGCGUGUCUCCCGGUUUGCUCAGUUGAUUAACGAGAGAAGUGGCUGUGUACGUGAUUUCGGACAGCCAACGAGCUCCGGGUUCUGCCAGCUAAGCUCAAUGCCUAUUGUAAGGCACCCUUGACCCUCAUCGCAUGCUAAAUGAAGGAGAAGUCCUAAACUUCUUUGCCUCACCGGUAUCGUUUCCCUGCUUUGCAUUUAUUUAAUGUAUGUAUUAUUUAUGGCUGUUUUCUACUAUGUCUUAUUAAAACAAACACUUACUCAUGACCCAUUUCCCCUAACACUUAAUAUGCAAUUUGAGCUCUGGCAGGUGAACACUUGUUUCCUUUAUGUACAGUUUUUCACCUUUCUUGUGCUUUUUACCAACACCUGGAUCAUGAUGUGUGGUUGAUAAGUGGCUUAGUUAAUGUGUUGCUUUAUAGUUAUAUAAUAAAUAUAAUUCACUUCUCACUUCAGGUUUCAAGAAGGUACCUUUUAUGAAGGGAACUGACUAAUAAGCAAAAAAAAAAAUAUAUAGUUUAAAAAUUUGAACUUUGUGUUUCUAUAUAUGAUAUUUAAUGUUGGUGUGGCUCAUGCACAUAUCCUUUGUAAACACAGUGAGUACAAAUUGGGUUUCAGUGAGUCUUGCAUAAAUUUGUAUGACUAUUUCACAACAAAUAUUUGAAUGGUUCAGUGUCAUUGUCUUUGUAAUACCUUCAUGUAACUAUGUACCCUGUCAUUUCUUUUUCUUGCCUAUUAACACGAUUCAGUGGAGAUUCGUUUUUUAUUUUCAUUAAUGGUUUAAAUGAGAAAGUUAGUUUUAUCUUGAUGUAAUGUAAAAUGAUAAGCAUUCGGAACAUGUUGUCUGCUCAGCCUGUCCUUUGCUCCUAGCUGUUUACUUCUAAUGGCUCUUAGCACAUGUUAUGCAAUUUUCAGCUCUUAAUUUGUCCUCAGCCAAAAAAUGGAUCGCUUGACCUGCAGGUCUAGUCACUGUUGUUAGGAGACGAGGCUGGUGCUUGUGAAAUGUACGCUUUUGACAUUGUACUUUAGAAAAGACGAAAACACUUCACUGUAGUUGAGAUAUCACAAACAUAUGAACCAGCAGCCUAUUGGGAGGAGGAUCUGUUUGGCUCACGAUGGGCUUCCUGAAGACACGCAAAAGUCGUUUGCGAAGUCAUCCAUCAUCACAUCUGUUCCUCAGCCCAUAAAAAACUCCAAUUACCCAUGGAGAGAGAGACACUCAAAAAACAUUUGCUUUGCAUUACUGCUCAGUGCUUAGUAAAUACAUAAAAAAUGGCAGAGUUUUGUGUCUUUGUCCACCAAGUAUCUCAUACG